AUGCCUACAUCGCCUGCGUUUCCGCUCCAGAAGUACCAGCUCAUAUCGUCCAUCAAGCUACAACAAGCUGCAAAGGAGCAGGCGAUGGCGGGGGACGUCGCCGCGAAGGAGCAAGUAGCGGCCGCCAAGGCCGAACGUGACCGCGCUGCCUACGGCGGAGGGGCGGUCUCUCUGCUCGCGGGGGGAGGGGAGUCGCCGCAGGCGGCGGCUCCGCCACCGGCUCCGCCCCUCGCAGAGUUCCUGCCACAGGACGGGGCUCUGCUGGGGGGGGGCGUGGUCUUGGUUCCACCGCGGGUGGGCGAGGCACGUCCUCGGGCGCGGGAGGCGCGGUCGGACGUAGGCAUGUCUCCGCUAGGGGUGGACGCCCCAGAAUGGGGGCUGGGGCUUGGUGGGAUAGACGACGUGGAGGAGCUAGGGGAAGAUCCCGAGGACCCCCGGGGCGAGGACGAGGACUUUGGUGGCGGCGGGCAGGGGGACUACGACGAUGGCGACGAGUCUUCUGCCUCAGGGUUAGUGCAUGGGGAUGAAGGCAGCGACGGACAAGGCCAGUUCGAGCUCGACGACGAGGAGGCGACGGAACUCUCCGCGGGCAAGGCGGGUCGGAAGGUGCGCUCCGGGAGGGGGGGAGGCGUGCGAAAGCAGAAGUUUCGCGGAACCCCAGGUGGCGUCUCGGGUGGUAGCUCGGAGAUAAUGGACUUGAUGAAGAUGGCUGUGACCAAGUUGGUGGACAGACCGAACCCUCAGCAGCAACCGCCCGCGCCCGCCGAACUCGAUGCGCUUAGGGCACAGGUUGCGCACAACACUCAGCUCGCGCAACGCAGUCACGACAUGGCCGAGCAGAGUCUGCAGCAGUCCCAGCAAGGGGGGGGCGGCGACAGCUCCUUGGGCGCCGCCGCCGACUACUCCGGUGGCACCUCAAGCUACCGCUGCCGCGGCGACCUCAUCACCGCGGCCGCCGCCGCCAGCUCCGGCGCCAGCUGCCGCCGCAGCGGCGUCCCCGGCGGGUGCCCCACCUGCGGUGGGAAUACCCCCUCCCGCUGUUCUCCCAGGUUUUUCGCGAGAACAGGGGGCUAG